AUGAGCGCGGAGAAGGAGGACAACGACAGCGUUGUCGCGAAGGACGAGCUUCUGGCUUCGCUGCCCCGUGCACCAGCCUCGAGACGAGUCACUCAGGAGCAGCUUUCACAACAACCCGUCCUCGUUGUCCUCGACGACGAUCCGACAGGCACACAAACAUGCCACGACAUCAACGUCUUAACAGUAUGGGACGAAGAUACUUUGGCCGAAGAAUUUCAGUCCGCCUGCAUCGGGUUCUUCGUCCUCACCAACUCUCGCGCUCUGCCACCGAUUGAAGCCCGUGAGCUCAUCCGAACAAUAUGUGAAGCGGUCAAAGUCGCGGCCACCAAAGCCGGGAAAGAAUUCGAGAUAGUUCUGCGAGGAGACUCGACCUUGCGUGGGCACUUCCCGCUUGAGCCUGAGGCUGCAGAAGAAGUAGUUGGCAAAGCAGACAUUUGGAUACUGGCUCCAUUCUUCGAGCAGGGUGGCCGCUUGACGAUCAACGAUGUGCAUUACGUCGCUGGUCCAGACGGCCUGCUGACGCCGGCGGCCCAGACGCCUUUUGCAAAAGAUGCAACAUUUGGAUAUACAAAGUCAAAUCUGCGUGACUAUGUGGUUGAAAAAUCGAAGGGUAGCAUCACACGAGAUCGAGUACAGUCCAUCUCUCUAGAAGAUAUCCGGCUGGGCGGUCCAAGCAAGAUUGCUGAAAGGCUGUCAGGUUUCAAGCCUGGCACGGUUGUCAUCGUCAAUUCAGCUGGUACGGCGGAUAUGGAGACGUUCGUGCCCGGACUCCUCGAAGCUCGAUCUUUCGGCAAGACAUUCCUGUAUCGCACUGGAGCCACCUUCGUAUCGACUCGACUCGGGAUUGAACAGAUUCCACCACUCUGUGCACGGGAUCUCGGAUUCGAUGUAUCCCAUUCUGCGCCUGGCGGUCUGAUCAUUGCCGGCUCAUAUGUUCCGAAGACCACCGCUCAGCUCGAGUCACUCGUGGCCGGACGUGGCAAUAAGCUGCGGAAGAUCGAGCUCGAUGUGGGUGCUCUGUUGAACUCGCCACAGACGUCGCAGCAGACGGUGCUCGAAGCAGCCAAUCUUGCUGGCACCCACAUCUUGAACGGAGAAGAUGUUUUGAUAAUGACCAGCCGCAAAUUGAUUAUCGGGAAUGAUGAACUCAGCAGUCUGAAGAUUGGGAGUGUUGUUGCAGAAGCUCUUGUUGCGUUUCUCCGCUUUCUUAUCCCACGACCACGUUAUAUCAUCGCCAAGGGUGGGAUCACCAGCUCAGAUGCGGCCACGAAGGGACUGAUGUUCAAGCGAGCAAAGAUCAGGGGUCAAGCAGCGCCCGGAGUGCCUCUGUGGCAAUGCUCCGAAUCAACGUGCAAAUACCCGGACAUUACUUAUGUUGUCUUCCCGGGCAAUGUGGGCGACAACGACACCCUUCAAGAUCUUGUUGCAAGAUGGGCAAAGCCUGCCACACACCACGAAGCAUCUCUUGCGCCGAUGCAAUAUCAAAGACUUGGCACCAGCGGACUCAAAGUAUCCAGACUGAUCCUUGGAUGUAUGACUUUUGGCAACCCCAAGUGGGAGGGAAGCCCUUGGGUUCUGUCGGAAUCCGACGCCUUGCCGCUGUUGAAGAAGGCCUACGAUGUGGGCAUCAAUACGUGGGAGACUGCCAACACCUAUUCGAAUGGACAAUCGGAGACCAUCAUCGGCAAGGCAUUGGCAACGUACAAGAUACCUCGCAGCAAAGUUGUCAUCUUGACCAAGCUCUACUAUCCCGUGCUGGAAGAUGAGCCAGAUGCUCGACCGCAGCCGGCGAUCAACGACGGCAAGCUUGUCAACCAAAUGGGCCUCAGUCGAAAGCACAUCUUCGAGGCCGUGGAGGGCUCGCUACGUCGCCUUGGGACUUCACACAUCGAUGUGCUGCAGCUACACAGACUUGAUCAUGACACCGAUCCUCAAGAAAUCAUGCGAGCGCUGCACGAUCUUGUUCAGAUGGGUAAAGUACACUAUCUCGGUGCAUCCAGCAUGUACUGUUGGCAAUUUGCUCGACUACAGUAUACAGCCAAGACGAACGGGUGGACUCAAUUCACCAGCAUGUCGGGACUGUACAACUUGCUGUACCGCGAAGAAGAGCGAGAGAUGAUCCCGUUCUGCGACGCUGAAGGCGUGGGACUGAUUCCAUGGUCGCCGAUUGCCAGAGGCUUGCUCACAAGACGUUGGGCUGAACAGAGCGAUCGCAGUAAGCAAGACGCGAAAGCGAAGAAAUGGUUCCAGGGCUACCAGAACCAAUCGAUUGUCCAACGGGUUGAAAAGCUUGCUCAGGCGAAGAGCUGCGCCAUGUCUGAUAUUGCUCUUGCUUGGCUAUUGCACAAAGGUGCCUGCCCUAUUGUUGGGCUGAAUAGUGUCGAGCGGAUAGAGAGUGCUUCCAAAGCUCUGGCUGUUCGACUUACGGAUUCUGAUAUUCAGGCCCUGGAAGAAUUGUACCGUCCCCUAUCAGUCCAAGCAAUGUAG